AUGCUCAGCUCAACUGGACGCUUAUCUGAUAAUGGAAUGAGCCAGGCAUUUGCCUUUGCCAAGUCAUUCAAAGACGCACAUCACAUCACCCAUAUAUUUUGCUCUCCCGAGAUUCGAUGCAAGCAAACUGCGGAAGUAGCCCUUCGUGAGGUGAUUGCUCGUGGAAUUCCAUUUAUGGUUGUACAAGAGCUUUCUGACAAUCGAGGGAUAGGUAUCUCCUUUAUUUGGCGAUACCUUGAUCCUCGUGAAAGGAACGAGGUUGUGAUGAUAAGUCAUGGAAGUGUUCUGCCAACACUUCUUCGACAACACCACGCCGGCUAG